AUGGGAGCUGAAGCCAAAGAGCACUCGGUGCUCGACCUCGAGUCUGGCGUCACAUUGGCAUCCGCGUCUCACACAUCAUGCGCAUGUCUACCACCACUGGCACUCCUCCGACGCAAAAAGCUGCUGGUGCUGGUUUUGCUCUUACCUGCUAUCUACUUUAUGCUUAUCUACAACGGCCAAGUCUCUUCACCUCUCGAUUCACAUCCAGCACAGCACGUGCUUGAUGCGCUCCAUCAGGCAUCGCCUGCCAUCAACCAGCUAGCCGGCAAGCUUCCCGGCAUCGCACAUCACUACGACGAUGCACACAUGGACGAGGACCGACAUCUUCACAAUGCCUUGCUCGACAAGAUGCACGUCCAAGGUACCGUCGAGCUUUCCGAGCUGAAAGACAAGCUCGACCAUGGAUCGAUUCCUGCAGCGUCGUCGUCCAACAAUUCAGACGCCAGCCUGUUGCAGCUCAGUGAAAUGUCCAAGUUUACGCCGCAAGACGAGAGCGUUAUGCUGCUGUUGCUCGCCUUGAAGACGAAAGACUACGCUGUCCAAGACGACUGGAAGGCAGUCUUCCUAGAGCGUACACCCUUGCAAGACGGUCUCUUCUCGACACUCAACUCGGGUCCCACCAACAAGUUUACUCAGCUGCUUGCCACCGUUGGACUGCCCAAACCAGAAGAGACGCACUCCCUGCCCAAGUUCUCCAUUCUCAAUGAUGCGCUCCAGCUGUACAGCCUAUCGCGCAAGGGUUGGGUCGACCGCGUACGUCCGUCGCUCGGGCUUACCGUAUUUAGCAAAAGCUACUGCCCCUACUCGAAGAAAACCAAAGCGCUUCUGGAUUCGCUCAACGCCACCUACACCGUCUACGAAGUCGACACUCGACCAGAUGCCAAAUAUCUGCAACCGCUGCUCGCCAAGUUGACGCACCACCACACGUUCCCCACCAUCUUGGUACGCGAUCGACUGCUUGGUGGUAACGACGAUCUGCACGAUCUGCACACGAUUCAAGCGCUCAAAAGCAUCCUCGCCUCGGUCGGUGCCCUGUGA